GUUCGCGGAUACACGCAGAAGAUGGUUCAUUGCUAUAGCAUUGUGUUUGACUUCUCUCUUCAUGUUCGCUCUCCUGUCACAUACCAGCGAACGGUAUGGCGUACCAAGAUACGUUACACAUCUUACAAAUAAGAUUAUGAUCCUGACAGACAAGUUAUCGUUGCCAAACGUUACCGCUCGAAAGGAGACUAGGGAAAAUCAGUACAUCGCUAUUACUCAACAUCAAUCAUUAAGACUCAGUCAGCAACCAACAGGAAUCCCUCUACAACUACGGCGACCAAGCUCAAACAAAAGCCGUCCUUCUACUCCCAUAAACAAUGUAAACAUGACCAGCGGCCAUUUCUCCCGGUUCUUCAUCCAAGAUCCCAAACCGGUUUAUGCUAUUGGAGACCGGAUCAAAAUCGUGAUCGAGACCCGGACGGAUCGCAACGCACCGAAAACCGCGGGCGGCGAUUUUAUCCGGGCUAAGAUGUUCAGCUUGGAUGAUCGAGCGAGCCAGAGCACGGACGGGGAGGUGACAGACCUCGGCAAUGGCUGGUAUGAGGCGUGGUUCACGGCUCGCUGGCCCGGCGUGACUACCAUCCAAUUGGUUUUAGUCCACACGGCGGAAGCUUUUUCGGUUCUCAGGGAUAUAGUCCAAAAUCCGGCUAAGAUGGUUUACAUAGGCCGGUUCGUCAGUGGGAACUCCGACGUCUCUGUUACAACAAAAUGCAACAUGUAUCCCCCUCUAUAUGGUCAAUUCUGCAACAUGUCCGAACCUGAUGGGAGAAUGCCCUGGUUUUGCCAAGCUCCCAGCAAAGCAGGGAUCUCAUGCGAUGACUGGAGGUGGUCUCAGAGUGAUGAACCCGCUACAUCCAAGCUUCUUGAUAACCUGAUCGGUCAUCCAUCAAGACAAACUGCUUUACGAAGAUACAGAGAACAAAUAGAGAACGGAGGGAUUCCCCUAAAUAUCAAGGUCGAGUUGGAUGCAACGUUAGCUGGCACUUACAAUGCAAAUCCUUUCGAAUAUCCGUGGCAAAACCUGGAUCUACCACCCUGUCAACCCGGUCAGCAUAUCGGUAAACCGCACCCAUCCGGAUACUUCUACAACGACACUUGGUAUUCGCUUCAAUGUCGGAUCCGGAGACACUGGCUACCCGGUAACAUGUCAUCCUGCCUUGCGAACACCGAUCUUCAGAUAAUCGGAGACUCUGCAGCAAGGCAGAUCUACACUUUACUAAAAGAAAUGUUGCAGGAGCAAAUCACGAUCGAGCGAUCCGGAUUCUUGCACGAGUCGGAGCACCGGAGCGGACCGCUUUGGUUCAUCGACUACAAUAACGGAAUCGAGGUCCGAUACAACUUUCACGGAUUUCCAAUAGGCGGAUCAAACUGGUUUAACAUAUCGAACAUCAUGGAUGCUACGACGCGCAUCGAUAUGAUUCAGAAUUCGACUCGACGUUUAAUUCUGGUUUUAACAAUCGCAGCGCAUUUCACGUACCACAAUUUAGACUUCUACGAAGCACGCAUGCGUUCUGUGAAGGGAGCCAUAGACAGGCUUUUUGAGCGCGUUCCAAACACAAUGGUUAUCAUGAAAUCUCUGACGGCGAGAGAAUUCGCCACUCUUCGCCACAUCGCAGCAAAUAGUGAAUGGUGGAUGUGGUCUCUGGAUCGGACAAUGCGAAAGAUAUUCGGAAACGACCCAAGGAUAGCUCUCAUAGAUGCCUGGGACAUGACGAAAGCAAUGCUCUUUUCGUACAACAUCCAUCCUCAUCGGACUAUUAUCGCAAACUACAUCAGUCAAAUCUUAACAUUCGUAUGUCCAACGAGCAGUUAAGUUUGAACAAGUUAUUUGAUACCAUGGUAAUUCGCGGGUCACAAAAAUCAACAAUAUUUCAUUUCUGUAGUUGAUCAUUAUUUCACGCAAGGAAAAGACGCUAUACCAAAUAUUCAUGGGAUCGGACUGGAUACAUAAGAUACAACGGAAGAAAAUCCUCCAGAACUUUGGAAAGACGUUAACAUGCAAGACCUUCGGCCUUGUGAACCUUCCCAAACAAGCAUCUAGAUUUGGCUUGGAUGGGGUGUAUGAGCAGUAAUACUUAGGCCGCGGUCACACCGGCAAAUCCGACUCCAACCUCGUCGAACGCUUUCAAGAACUUGGAAAAUCUAUUAUCACAUGCCCUUAAUGACAAAGAGCAACCAAGAAGCCGUUGUGGGAAAUUGGUGAAUUACAACAACGGGUUCGUCUUGGACUCUACAAACGACAUAUUUGCUAUUUUUCGUCAGCUCCGAAACCUAGGACAGAGGUGCUGCUCCGGUUCAUCAAUUUGUGACAAAGACUUUCAUGACCUUCUAGCUGUUCAUUUGACGGGUACUUUCAAUACAAUUACUGUGUUCUUGAAUUCGUUUUGCGUCGAGGUUGUGAAAAGUCACUACUAUUUUCGGUUUGGAGUCAGUUUCUUUGGUGUGACUAUACACGUAGUAUUACACAUAUUAGAGUUGGCAGGUCCAACGUUAAAUUUGGUAUCCCGUGUCUUUAUGUGUGUAUAUACAUUAAGUUUUCCCUAUUGUGUUGAUUGAUUGGUUGAUUUUAUUUGGCAAGUCACCAUAAUAUAUAGGAUGACCCAUGAAACCUCGAAAGGUUUUUUUUUUUUCGGUGGGGUCCUCGACAUGUAUAGAAUUGCGAUUUAAUAAAACGGUAAAAUUAUACCAUAAUGAAAACGAAGGAAAAAAAAAAUCAGAAUUUGCUAUCAGCAAUGAAUAAGAUAUAGAGAUGAUAUAUACGAGAAGAAUAUAAAGAAGAAAAUAAGAAGAAGAAGAAGAAAGGAAGAAGGGGGAGGAAUAAAAGGUAAAAGAGGAGGAGAGGAAAGAGGAGAAUGAGAAGAAAAAGAAUAAGGAGAAGGACAACGGCAAAAACAGCAGCAACAACACGAAGAGGAGAAUAAAAGGAAGAGAAAAGAAAAAAAAAGAAAGAAGGACAUAUCGAUAAAAAAAAAUUCAACCAAACUAUGUAAAAUAAAUGAUAAAACCUGGCAGAGAAGGGCAAAGAACAUGGUCAGUAUUCAAUUUCCAUGGUCAGUAUUCAGUGUUUGACAUUGUUAAAGUCAUUUAUAAAUUGUCGUUCUGUCCUUUUCUCUUUUGUAUGUACGAUACCUCUGUUGGUUGCUUAUGAUUUUCAUUAACAUUGUAAAUGUUAAUAUAUAUGUUAGUAUAUUUCGAUGAUUGUUAAAAGAAAUGUGGAUGUUAUAUUAGUAAUUUGAAUUUGUAUUUAUAUAGAUAACGACUUACAAUUUGUAUUCAAUGGCCCGUAUUCUGAAAUCAGGUUUAACUUAGACUCAUGUUUAAAGUUGUGAUUUAAGUAUGGGAAGCCAAAAGUAUCAAAAUAUUUUAUUAAGUUGUACAAUUCUUAUGUUUACUGUGCUCUUUCCUGAUUUAUCAAUGGUGAAGACAAUCAUCUAUUUAUACUUCCUAGACAAUUAUGAAUUAUUUGAGAGCCAAAUGAGCUGGAAUAUUAUAUCUCUACUGUUAGUGAUUUAGGUAACAAUUGGCUAUCCAUACAUAAACCACAACUUUAGAAUACGGGCCAAUAUGUUUAUUGAAUUUACACAUCAAACGACGAAAUACAGACUAUAACCUUUAAUACAAUGACAGAUAAAGAUAAUAUUUGUUUUCCUGAAUUAAGUUCAAUAGAAAGAUUUCAAAUCAAUCGUCCCUUAGUUCCGUAAGUGAAUUAAGUUAUCAAAGUGAUAUGAAUCAUAUGAUGGCUAUAAUAGUUUAAACUACGGGAAGGAGUGAUAGUGUAUUGUAGACAACAUUGAUUUCAAACUUCGCAAAAAGAGGGAGUGAGUCAAAAUUGAUUAUAUUUCCACGUCAACCGACAAUAACUUAAUACAGAAAAUAGACAGCUAUAAUGUUACACUUUUAAAAUAGUUGGGCAAAUAUGCCCAAGUUUAACCAACCUAGGGCAACAUCCACACAACUAUUGGAUAAAUUCUGCCAAAUUUGGUUAAUAAAAACUAAUAAUUUGGUAAUGAAUUUGCUCAACUGGAUAAUAAUUGUCCAUAAUAGAU